AUGUAAGUGGAAACUUAUGAAAAAGGAAGAGAAGAAUAUUAAAGGAGAUAUGGAAAAUUGAAGGAUUAUUUUUCAUCUUUGAAAAUCAAAGACAAUUCAGAAAUAACAAAAUUUGAUAGUUCUGAUUUUGAUUUAACAAAGUUGUAAAAUAGAUUAACUGAUUAAGCAGAGAAAGAGAAAUUAGAUGAAAAUAUCAUUGGAUCAAAAGAUAUUGUUCAAUAAAUCAAUCAUGAUUUCAAUGUAUUAAUUUAUGGGAUUGGAAGUAAGAUUGAAUUACUAGAAAAAGUAAUGAGAAAAUUAAUGGAGUAUUUACAUUUUUGAUGUGUUUUAUAGGAAUAAUCCAUAAUCGUAUUUUUUUGUUAUGAAAGGAUUCAAACCAUUAAUUAAUAUGAAAAUGUUCCUAUAAAAAAUGGGUGAUGUUUUGAAAAUAGACUCACAUAUAAGAAAUUCAGAAUAAAUUAUUAAAUGUAUUGAAAACACUCCUCAUUCAAUCAUUAUUAUUGUACAUAGUAUAGAUGGUCGUCAUUUAUUGAAUGAAUAAUCAUAAAAAUUAUUUGGGUAAUUAAGUAAUUGUCCAAAUGUUCGUAUGGCUUGUAGUUUUGAUAAUUAUCGUUAUCCAAUGAUAUGUAAGAUUCAAAGAGCAUUCUACUAAUGUGUGCAUACUAAUCAACCAUAUAGUUAGGAAAUAUUAUAAAUCUUUGAAGAUUAGGUAGGAAAAUAGAAAUAAGAGGAAGGAUUAUGGUAUGUCUUAUCAAGUAUGACUUAAAAAUAGAAAAACAUUGUAUUUUAUUUUGCAGGAAAAGUAUUAGAAAGCAGAGAUGUAUAUAUAUUAUUUAUAAAAUUUGAGGGAUUGAAUAUUUAAGAUUUGUAUGAUGUUCUCUCAGAUGAGAUGAUUGUAUCAAGCAAAAUAUAAUUGAAAGAUAAUCUUAAAGAAUUGAUGGAUCAUAAGAUAAUAAUUGAGAAAGGUGGGAAGUACACAAUGCAAUAUUCAAAUACAAUCCUAUAAGAAUUAUCUUCAAAGUUUGAUGAAGUUAUAAAAUAAUGA